GGAACGCGAGCAGUUGCUACGGAAUAAAUAAACUUCUUGUGAACUACAUACAUAAAUAUAUACAGAAAUAUGCGUUUCGUGAUUUUUGUGCUUAUCUGCUAUGUUGCCUUAGCAGUAAAGGCUGAUGCCGAUGAAGAUUGCGAGGGAAGACGAUGUAAAAAUGGUGAAUGCAUUGAUGAUCUGGACUGGUGUAAUGGGUCUGUGGAGUGCUUAGAUGGAUCUGAUGAAAUGGAUUGUAAAUCAACAUUAUGCUCUGAUGGAGAAUUUAAAUGUAACUAUGGUGCUUGUAUACCGAUUGAAAAGGCUUGUGAUAAAGAAUUCAAUUGCUUGGAUGGCAGUGAUGAAUCGUUUCAAAUUUGUAAUGAUUUUAAUGUGGAAGUGGCGGAUGCAUAGAUUUAAGCAAAAAAUGUGAUGGCAAAUUCGAUUGUCCCGAUCAAACCGACGAACAUCCGCUUUUGUGUGGCUAAGUACCGCCAUUUAAGUCAUUCCUAAGCUUUAUUUUCAACCCAUUUUGAAAAUGAGUCGCAAAAGUGAAUAUCAAAGAAAACAAACAAGCAUUUUCUCUUAAUGUGAAUAGUGUAACUCUUCAUAUGUAUAUGAGUUAUUUAAAUACAAACCUAUGUGAAAAACAUAAA